GUUGUCAUCUUGUAUAAAAGCCAUCCUACUUGCGCAUCACCGCUGCAUGGCACCAGUAUAUCUCCAUAACAUAUCGCCCAGCAACCCAAGACACCACAUCUCACUAUGUCGCGCAACGUCUGCAUCACCUCCGUAGAAGGCAACACAGGCUUCCUCAUCGCCGAGCUCCUCCUCUCUGACGAGAACUUCUCUAAAGAAGUCGGCACCGUCCACGGCCUAACCCUCAAUCCGGAUGCCCAGCGGUGCAAGGACCUACAAUCCCUAGGCGCCACCAUCGUCCCCCAUAGACCAGGCCGUCUGAAGAAUGUUGCCGCCGACAUCAGAGACACCAAAGCCGACACUCUCUGCCUGGUCCCGCCAGCUAGUCGGGACAAGCUCGAUAUCACGGCCGAGAUGAUCGAGGCGGCCAAGCGUGCCAAUGUGCCGAACGUGGUCUUCCUGAGUGCUGCGGGAUGCGAUGUCGCUGAGAGGGACAAGCAGCCCCGUCUGAGGGAGUUUAUUCAUCUCGAGACUUUGUUCCUGAGUACGAAAGGGGAUCCGAGCUCAAUGACGGGGCAUUGUCCUGUUGUCAUCCGGGCUGGCUUCUACGCUGAGAACUUGCUUGCGUAUGCCCCCCAGGCUAAGGAGGAGGGAUACAUCCCUAUACCGAUCGGACGCGAGCAUAAAUUUCCCCCCGUAGCACUAGGUGACGUCGCACUGCUAGCGGCUCAUGUCCUCACCGGCAAAGGAAAGCACGGACUCGACGAUAAGCAUCGUGGUCAACUAAUGACCUUGACCGGCCCGGCUCUUCUCAACGGCGACGAACUAGCGCGAGCAGCAAGCGAAGCUCUAGGAACCGAUAUGAAGUUCGAAGAUAUCUCUGAAUAUGAAGCCAAGAAGGUCCUCAGGAGCCAGACGGAUACUGAUGAUAGUGAGAUUCAGUUCAUACUCGAAUACUAUUCGCUGGUCCGUGAGGGCAAGACGAACUAUGUUGCUACGACGGCAUUCCGCGACAUCACUUCCGAUGAGCCCCAGCAGCCGGCAGACUUCUUCCGCUCGUAUUCUGAGGAGUUCAGCCCGAAGAAGGGGGCGAAGAGAAGGAAGGUAGAUGGGAAGUGAGCGCGAGAAGAUAGAUGGUGUAUGUGGUGAGGUAGAUCUGUUCUUAAUAAGUAGCCACUAAGAAUGCCAUUGUAGAAUUUUCUUGUCGAGGUCAAACAUAUAUGUCGAAGCUGUUGACUCUGUAGCAGACACUACCUCCAAUCACAGUGCAGGUUGGCGUACUGGACU